AUGAAAGCUGUACGAGUCAUGGCAUACCAUGCGCCAAUGGAGAUGCACGACGUUCCUACUCCCACGAUCCAGUCACCACUCGACGUCAUCGUAAAAGUCGGCGCUGCCGGCGUGUGUCGAACAGACAUCCACAUCUGCGACGGCGAGUGGAAAGAGAAGUCCAACGUGGAGUUGCCGUAUACGAUUGGUCACGAGAAUGCCGGAUGGGUGCAUGAACUUGGUUCUUCGGUCAACAAUGUUAAGGUGGGAGACAAGGUUAUUUUGCAUCCGCUUGUGACCUGCGGGUUGUGUACGGCGUGUCGAUUUGGCGAUGAUGUUCACUGCGAGGACAGCAAAUUCCCGGGAAUCAACGUUGAUGGCGGAUAUGCGGAAUACAUCCGUACGACUGCACGAAGUGUGAUAAAACUGGAUGACCGGCUCGAGCCUUCGGAUGUUGCAGCUCUCGCAGACGCGGGCUUAACAGCCUACCACGUCGUCACAAAGGCAGCUAGAAUACUACGGCCAGGUGACUACUGCGUGAUGAUUGGCGCAGGUGGUCUUGGCCACAUAGGCAUCCAGUGUAUGAAGGCCAUGAGUGCGGCAACACUCAUUGUGGUAGAUAGCAACCAGUCAGCGCUCGACCUCGCCUCAUCCAUUGGAGCAGAUUACACAGUACAAGUCGAUAGAAACGGGUCAUUCGUAGAGCAGGUCAUGAACCUUACGAAGGGAAAAGGAGCCGCAUCUGUUAUUGACUUUGUUGCCGAGGGCGGCUCCACCAAAACCGGUGUGAAGAUGCUGCGAAGAGCUGGCAAUUACUAUGUAGUAGGAUAUGGCGAGAACCUCGACAUCCCUACUAUCGACAUCAUCUCGACAGAAAUCAACUUCGUUGGCAAUCUGGUCGGCAGCUACAACGACCUCGCUGAAUUGAUGGUACUAGCUGCACAAGGAAAGGUCAAGCUGCACACGUCGAAGUAUAAGCUUGCGGACUACGAGCGCGCUGUACAGGAUCUGAGAGACGGAAAAGUGCGAGGUAGAGCGAUCCUCGUACCGUAA